UUUCCGGCUCGUGUAAUUUUCAUUUAAUUGUUAAAACAGACUCAUCAAUCUGUCUUCCUGUCCUGUGCGCAUUUGGCUGCCAAGCAAGCAAGUGCCUUCUUAUUUCAUAGCGUGAGAACAAGCUAAAAAGAAAUUGAAGCACCAUAACCGGUUCUACUGGCAUAAUAUUUUUGCUAUUCGUCUGUCAUCGAUCUUGACUAUAUUGAAGACAUGGGUAGAACUGUGGAUCAAAUUUUGACGCAAAUCGGAGAGAUGGGUCGUUUCCAAAUCACUCGUCUUGCGAUGUUCUUCUUCAUAAUGUUCCCGCCAACCUUUCAUCUUCUAAACAUGUUCUUCAUCGGAGCUGAAGGACCUUGGAAAUGCGUCGACAACAGCACUGUUUGUAAACUUAACGGAAGUUUCGUCGCAGGAGAUAAGCAUUACAACUUCCGGUGUGGGAUAAACAGGAGCGAAUGGGAGUAUGCCGAUUAUGAAGGACCGAAAGAAACAAUUAUUAGCGAGUUCGACCUAGUGUGUGACAUGGCACCUUAUGGUUGGUUGGCAAAGUCGAUGGUGUAUAUUGGCAAAGCUGUCGUUACCAUUCCCCUGGGUAUCCUCUCUGACCGCUACGGUCGUCUUUUGUCGUUGUAUCCUUGUGUACUUGUAGUGGUGGUUGUUGGUUUUGCUUCAGCAUUCUCCACCAAAUUUUGGCAGUUUCUCGCAUCACGAUUUGCCGUCGGUGCAGUGUUGUACGGUAUCUUUCUCCCCGUGUUUAUUCUAUCGGGAGAAUUCGUGAGUCCUCGUUAUCGACCGCUUUCUCAGACGAUCAUGUGGUUCGCUUUUUCUAUCGUGCUAUUGGUGCUUGCAUUGAUGGCGUACUUUGUGAGAAACUGGCGUACGUUAAUGAUCCUGUGUACAGCCCCAUGGAUUUUUGUUUUAGUAUUUUGGAAAUUCACUCCUGAGUCGAUUCGUUGGUACAUGACGCAUGGUAAGGUCGAUAAAGCCGAGGAGGAGUUGCGUGACAUCGCGCGGGAAAAUAAGCGCGAAUACCCAGAAUGCAGUUUGGCUGUUCCGGCGAGUUCCGACAAACGCUUGAGCUGUCUGUCGUUAUUUUCAACCUGCUCUCUUACAGUCAGCGUUCUUAUUCAAGCCUUUGCGUGGUUCAUCAACGGUAUGGUUUACUACGGUGCUUCGUACGGAGCAAGUGAUCUUGGUGGGAGCAUGUAUCUAAACUACACUCUCACGAGUUUAAUUGAAAUUCCUGCCAACGUUCUGGUCGUUUACAUGUGCGAAAGAUUUGGACGUAAGAAAGCUGUGAUAUUAAACAUGAUUUUUGGUGGCAUCGCGUGUUUCAUCGUCUCUUUGAUUCCCGGAGGAACAGAGAGAACUGAUUUUAUUGUUGGUCGAGUAAUCGGUGGAAUGUUGGGAAAAGGUUUUAUCACUAUCUCCUUCAACAGUCUUUACGUUUGGUCCGGUGAAAUAUUUCCGACGGUAGCAAGAAAUAGCGGCAUGGCCUUCGUUGGCGUCUCGAGUCGUUUCGGAGCGGUGACUGCACCGUUUGUAGUCGAACUUAAACGAAUCCAUCCGACUUUGGCGUUUGGAAUGAUGGGAUUUUUCGCGAUCGUUGCUGCGUUGCUGUGCUUAGUUCUACCAGACACGAAGGGUGUCCCGACGUUAGAGCUUUACAACAAUAACCUGGACGGCGCGGAAGAAAUUGGCCUGAAACAGCCUGGGGAGAACUGCGAAGAAGUCUCUAACAUCACUGUAACUAAGUCAUAACUGGAAUGCGAAUUCCCAUCAAGAAUAAAUGUUUGACUUGAGACAUAAA